AUGCCGUGUCCUCGGCUGCCCUGGCUCCGCCGCCACCGGGCCUCCCAGGGCUCGGGUCCCGUUUCCCCAGGUACCCUCUCUGCACCUAGCUCCCCUAGCAGAGGCGAAGAUGAGGACGCGGAGGAGGAGGGUGAUGGCACCCCUGGCUCAGGCCCCAUCCUGGCCCCCUCAUCACCCAUGGAAUGUCUUAUCUGCGUGUCACCUUUCGAUGGAGUUUUCAAGCUGCCUAAACGCCUGGACUGUGGCCACAUCUUCUGUCUCGAGUGCCUGGCACGUCUGUCGCUGGCUACUUCGGGUGGCGGCGACGCAGUGGCUUGUCCCAUGUGCCGGGCGCCCACACGCUUGGCCCCGAGGCGGGGGCUGCCCGCUCUGCCCACACAGCCCGGUCUGCUGCCUCGCGAUGCUCGAGCAGCAGUACCACGUCAGGGCUCCGUGCGCUUCGACCGCCGCCGGGGCCUUCUGUACUUGCGGCCACCGCCACCAACUCCAGGGCCACGCAAGAGCCGCACAGUGCGCGCCCCGCCGCCUCCACCUCCGCUGCGCCUCGGCCGCCCUCUGUCGCGUCGCCUGUCCCUGAGCAGUCCAGCAUGGGCCUUCAACGCAGCGGUGGCGCUGGCAGUGCUGGUGGCCGCGGGCCUCGUGGUCUCUGGUGUCUAUAUUUUCUUCCUCAUUCCUCAUGUCACCACCUCUAGCUCCACGCGGCCUCAGAUCGUGGCGUUGGCCCCUGAAAAUGGCUUCUGGGUCCCACCGCGGCCCACGCCAGUGGCGCCCUGGACCCACGCCUGGACAUCCCUCCCCACGAAGUCUGACCUGGACGAUACUCUACCAGAGGCUAAGAAGGACACACCGGAGCUUGAGGAGGCUGCCAAGAAUCCAGUAGUAGAGACACAAGGAAUUCCGGAUACACCAACAGAUCAAACACCAAAGGCAAAAACUGACCUUGGCUGGGACCCACAGGCAUUGGUUUAUGGGAAGAGGGUGUAA